AUGAAGGCGAAGCAAGAGGCGGACCGCAAGAAGGCGCAGGCGCGUCCCGUGACCGCGCCGGUCCCCGCGCGACAAGACCGCGUCGGCGCGGCGCGCGCGGUUCCUCGAGGACUUUCUCUCCCGGCCGGCGCAUCUCUCCGCCCGUCGCCCCUCGCUUUCGAUCCCGACACACCUACGCGACGCGUGCCUUUCAACCUUGUCGACUGACGCCGCCUUUCGACUCCACCCCGACGUCGUCAAAACUUCGUACGGCCAAACACCCUCAGGCGGCGAAGGACAAGGCGAAGAAGCUCGCCGAUCAGGCCAAGGCGGCUGCCGUCAAGGCGAAGGAGGCGAAGAAGGCGGAGGAGGCGCGCAAGGCUGCCGCGCGCAAGGCGAACCAGGCGAAGUACAACGCCAUGAACAAGACCGUCGGCGGGAGCUCCAAGCUCAUCAAGAAGUCGGCGCCGCCGAGCAUCAAGGAUCCGUUCGCGGGACGCCCGAAGAAGGAGGGCGGCGGCGGCCUCUUCGGCCUCUUCGGGAAGAAGAAGUAAAGCGAAAGCGAGCGAUAUUACUCCGCGGUAUUAUAUUACUCGAAGCGAUUCGAUCGAUCGCGAUUUAUGAUACUAUCUCCUAACUUAGCGUC